AUGAUGGUUCACACCCCACUUCCCAUCCUCCUCCUCUUACUCUCCUCCACAAGGCUCAGCACCGCCUACCCCUCCCCUGGCCUCACGCUCUUGCCCAAGGACAAAUGCACCUACGCAGGCCAACUCGUCUGCGCGUCGGCCACGACGUUUGCAAUCUGCGACGUGUCUCUCACAGGGAUCAUACAGCCGUUGGCACUCGGGGAUACGAGGUGCGGUGACUUUGCGGGCGGAAAUGUUGUACCAGCAGCUGCUGCAACAACUGCCCCUUCUGCGUCGCACCCCGCCGCCUCUCCCUACGUGUCUUCUACCAUCCCCGCAAGCUCGCAGCGAAACCUCGGGUUCAUGAAGACGAUCGAGUUGAUGGUAGCUACAGCAUCGCCGCCACCACCGGCUCGACAACCAGGAGGUCCCACAUCCUCCUCGAUGCCAAAAAGUCCACCGAAACAAAGCACACCAGCCACCUCGUCCGCCACCCCCGCUCCACAUUUUGCUCAAGGGCCAGGCCUCGAAGUGGUUCCUACAACUCUCCCCCACGGCGGUGCCGCCUCGGGAAGGGUGUAG